CUGAAAACCAAAGGCUAUCCAAGGUGUCAGCAUUCGAAGCAGACGUCUGUAGUAAAGGCUUAGAGACUCAACACCCCAAAGAUGGCACCUCUUCCACCUGCCUCAUUGGUGUCGGGCCAUGCCUCCAGAGCCCUGCAUUUUUGUUUGUCAUUGUUUCUGUUCUACACCUCAAAGAAAACGUUCUGCAGAUGUUGAGGGAAUGGAAAUGACCAAGGAUGGGUUAGAACCUAUGAAGAUGAGCACCUCAGGAAGACUGGCUCAUACUGGUGUAGAGUACCACCCAACGAAGGGGCAGACGUCGGGGGACCACACAAACCUGGUCUGUGUCAUGACUCAAAGGUGCCCCAUGGGCCAGUGGGCUGCUGGGAACAUGCAUACGCCUCCCCGCUGAGCACACCAGGCAGGGGCAUGGGCCCUGGCUGUCUUGGAGUUGGGGCCCCACUCUACGGAGCCCAGAUGCUCCUGCAGCCGCAGCUCUGCCUGUAGCAGGGUUCUCUGCUCUUGGUGAAUUUGAGAAACUGAAAGAAGGGGAACCCUGACAGGCAACCCCUGCUUCCCCCACCCUCCACACUCAAGACAGCCAGCCAGUUCCGUGGCACCUGGCUGCACUUGCUUCUUAAGUGACAGCUGAUCACCAACCUCACCCCAGGGAGCAGUAGCUCCCAGGAUAAUUAAUUUCCCUCAUAUUGUGCCACCAGCGGCUUUUAAUUUUGUAAAGUUGCCCAUAUUUGAAAGAGCUACACAUCCUCUCGGUUAUUAAAUGCCAACCACAUUUGUUUACAAAUAAAACCAAGUUAAUUAAAUACUGCAUCUACGUUAGCAAGCGAUAAGAGAGCAUGGCUUCUGCAGGCAGAUAGACCCCUGUGUUAGCCUCCAGUCACGGGCUACAGAGCAGGUCCUUGGAGACCACUGCACUCCGAGGGGGGACCGUGUCCAGCAUCUAGCCCAGACACACUGUUGGAAUUCACACAACACCUGGAAAAUACUGAAGCAUCCGGCACUUUCCAGCAGAGAGGCAGAAGGAAGGCUGUCCACUGUUGUAGUUCCUUCUGAGGACACAUUUGGCUGGUGUCAAGCAGAAGGGACCCGCUCUGGGGGUGCAGGGGUAGACUCACAGCGCCUCGUUCCCUCCCCGUCCACAGACAGAUGGGAUCUUGGUUUUGUCUACAUUGUACCCUCACAGUGUCUACGCAAACAGAUGUUCCCACAGAGAAUCACACGGCAAGAUUUAGGCGUCUGAUGCCGCAGCCGAGGUCAGGAUGCUACAUGGCUAGCCUGCAGGAAGGAGGAACUAGCAGCACCUUGUACCCUGCAUCCUUCCCCAGCCUGUUCGUGUGCGUGACCCUCUCUCUACACAUCCAUUCCAUAGAAUGAAGUGCUGUGACACUUCCUGAUCUCAAGCUUCUAGAUGAUGUCACAACAGGCAGGGUACUGGCUUUCUUCUGUCCACCCCUCCCCCAGCCUGGCUGUGAGCAAUAGACAGAGAGAGGUAGCCAGUUCCUGGUUCAACCAAAAACGUUGUUCCUACUUUGAAGGUACCAGAGGGCCAGUGCAGAGGACUCAGCUCUGGAAAUGAUGGACAGGUGUGGACGCUCUGGGUCCCCUGUGCUGACGCGUCUCGUCUUCCAGGCAUGGUUGAUUCCUGCGACCCUUUCAUCUGAUUCUGUGAGAUACUCCCCAGAGAUCAAGACGUCCCCACCACACAUCCUGAAGAAGUUUGCAGUGUGCGACAUCCCUCUCUACGAGAUCUGUGACUACAACAUCACCAGGGACCAGUGCAAAGAGCUCGGAUGCUGUUUCUACAGGGGCGUCUGCUACAAGAAAGCUGUUCCCAUUUAUGUUCACGUGUUCUCCGUCCUGAUCAUGCUCAUCGCGGGGUUCUUCGUCGUGGCCAUCGUGUUCAGGGUUAUACAGGAGGUUAAGAGAGAGACGGAGAUCUCUGUGGAGGCCGAGUCGUCAGCCAAGAUCAGUGAGGCGCCUGAGCAAACGACUACUCAAGACCCGUCGUCGCUCAAGCCUACCUCUACCGAUAGCACUAAAAGAACUACAAGCCAAGCAGAUGCCACAGUGACACUCUCGGACGCCGAGGAAACGGAAGAAUAAAGUGCCCAAGGAAGCAGUGCUGUGAGGACGUCAGCGAUGUGCCUCAGUGGACACCUUUGGUGUGUGUGCCGGAGUGACCACCUGCGAGAAAAAAAAAGUAAAUAAAGGUAUUUUGAACAUUG